AUGGAGAGCUUGCGACUGUAUCUUUCAGGCUGUGAGGGCUUGCGCGACAGCGCCUAUGCCACGCUCGCCGAGAAGUUGCCCAAGAGCUUGCGUUUCUUAGAGCUGGAGCCCAGCGGCAACUUUGGCGAAGCCGGGCUGGCGGCCUUGCGGCAGAGGCUGGUGGAGCUGGAGCUGGUUUUGCGCUUGGACUGUUCCUACACGCAAGUGGACGACGAUGUGGCGGCAGAUUUGAUUGGUUCAGACAGCUGGUCCGCGCUCUGUCGCUGGCAGCCCUUGCUGGCGCCGGCCGCGCCGGUGGACCGUGGGCCGCAGACAAACGUGGACGCCGAAAGCCCGCCCGCCCUGGCGCCGGCGCCGGCCAAGCCAGCGGCUCCGGUGCAGGUGGAAGUGGAAGCAGUGAAACCCAAGACGUUGCCAGAUGCCAAGUUCAAGGAGGCUGUCACUCACACCUCCCCCGCAUCGCCCGUGUCGCCCGUGUCGCCUGUGUCGCCCGCUCCACGGCGGUUGAGCGGUGCAGCGAGCAAAGCUAGGCCAGCGGCUACUGCCGCUGGCACGAGCCAAGAGUGGGUGGCCCUAGUCAAGAGGGCAGUGCAUCAGCUGGGACAUCUUCAUCUCAUUGAGGAACAGCUGCAUGACCUCAAGGCUUCCGGCAGCUUUGGUGUUUCCAGGCAUGCCCAUCAGGCGAGACGGGUCGCUUUGAAAUACUACUAUGAUUGCAGUGGAAUGCAAAUGGAAUUUAGUUGCUUGGUGGUUUCGAAUGAAUUUCCACCGUAUUUAGAAGAGUGCUACAUGCAGAGGUGCUCUGACCGGGUGUCGGCGCAAAUGCUGUUGGCAGGUGCUGCUGCUAUGUGCUGCUGGCAGGCGCGGUUGGCGCGCGCUGCUAGCAGGUGCUGCUGCCAGGUGCUGCUGCCAAGCGCUGCUGGCAAGGUGCCGUUGGCAGGUGCUGUUGGCAGGUGCUGGUGCUUUGGGCGGGUGCUGGCAGGUGCUGCUGGCAGGUGCUGUCAGCAGGUGCUGCUAGCAGGUGUUGGAUCCUUUUCCGACCUUGAUCUUCACUCCACCACAAGAGGGCAGGCGCUGGGUGGGGCAUGGGCUGUGGCCGGGAAGGCGGACCAGGUGGUACAGGAACAACAAAGUGAAGGCACGUCGAUCUCUGGCGGCUCGAGAUGUGACAUUGACAAACAGCAUAUCAUCAUGAAAGGCGAUCUCAACAUGGAGGCAUCCGCUGGUUCGGUUCCAAUUUUGCCAUCAGGGAUACCCAUGAACUUCGAUCAGAGCAGCCCAUCUUUGUACUGCAAAGCAACUACUCCAGAAACUUGCAUUGCUGCUAAGCGCAAGCAGCUGGCUGGAGCCUAA